UUAUAGGGCCGAUGAUAUAGAUUAAUAAUCUAUAUUUAAUAUUAUAAACGUCGCUGACUAUGUCCGUCUAUCUUAUCCAUUUUCAUAUUGUCUUUCACACGAUUACACAAAGCUUAAUUUAUCCUUGUAUGAUAUUGUAGUGGGGUGAUGAGGUAUACGAAUUCUGCGCAUCAUUCAAUCAAUUUGACGCCAGCAACUGAAGCCAGCAACCAACAAGACCACAACAGCAAUCACAAGUAUACAACAAAAAUGCCUUCGUAUUAUACCAAAAAGUAUAUCGAUAGCUUGUUUAACGAUGUUUUUUGUAAUAAAUGUGAAGUUUUGUUGGUAAAAUUAACUUCAGAAGACAUUGCAAAUUAUAAAUUGAGCUUAAUUAAGAAUAUGGAUACACUCAAAGAAGAUGAUAAUGCAUCAAAACAAGAUAAGAAAUGUAAAACCAAUAUAACAUCUAAAGAUGAGAAAAAGUCAACAGUCGUUAAAACAUCUAAAAACAGAAAUACAUCUAUAGAUAGCGAGCCUCCUAAAAAAAAGCAGAAGUUAGAUACAAAUGGAGUAGAUGUUUUGAAAUGUAAAUUAUCUAGAGAGCGUAAAACUCAUAAAUUUAAUUCACAAUUCAAGUCUGCAUUAAAAUCCAAUAAAGAAAAUAUUGCUUCUACCAAUGCUAAGGAGAUACCUAUGUUAAUUGAUUGUGAUGAAUUUACUGAAUCUGCAAAUUCCUCAGAUAAAAAUCUAAAACCAAGGAUCUGGGUCAUCGAUCCCAAGAAAAUGAUGGAUAAAAAUAAUUACAUUAGGUGGAUGAAAAUGAUUUCUCCUGAUAAUAAAUCCAAACAUCCAACAAAUCGCCAGAAAAAGUUAGCAGUUGCUAAACCUCUACAGCCUAAACCAUCUUCAGAGUUCAGAUAGUACCAAAUGCUAUGCAAAAGAUUGUAACAACUCUACAAGAAAAAUACAAGACAACAACGGUGAAAUAUUGUUCCUGUAGCUGCCAAGAACUUGACAAGUAUGUACCUGUCAUAUAAAUGACUGUGAUUGACUGCUAAGCAUACUCUACCGUAAACAUUCCUUUACCUACAUACAUAUAUAAUAAUUAUAAUUUCAAUGUUGU